CUGCGCUCGCUCCCCGCCGCGGGGCCGCCGCGCCGCCGGGGCCGGGAUGUGACUUGCGGCGGGCUGGCGGACAGAGCUGCCCCGCCGCCCUCGGCCGCGGCAAGACAGCGGAAAAAUGAAAACCUACCCAGCCAUCGGUUUCUUCCUCCUCUUCGUGAUCAGCUAUGGCUCUUCGGAAAACUCCAGCACGCCCAGGGGGUGCGGACUGGAUCUCCUCCCUCAGUACAUUUACCUGUGUGACCUGGAUGCCAUCUGGGGGAUCGUGCUGGAGGCGGUUGCAGGGGCAGGUGUGCUGACCACACUGCUGCUGAUGCUGAUUUUGCUGGUGAGGCUGCCCUUCAUCAAGGACAAAGAGAAGAAGAGCCCCCUGGGAAUGCACUUCCUCUUUCUCUUUGGGACUCUGGGACUGUUUGGGCUGACGUUUGCUUUCAUCAUACAAGAAGAUGAAAUGGUGUGCUCCACCCGAAGGUUUCUGUGGGGAGUUAUCUUUGCUUUGUGCUUCUCGUGCUUGCUAGCUCAAGCCUGGAGACUUCGCAGACUAGUUCGCCAUGGGAAGAGUCCAUCUGGCUGGCAUCUAGCUGGGGUGGCGAUCUGCCUGAUGCUCGUGCAGGUCAUCAUCGCAACCGAGUGGUUGAUACUGACAAUUGUCAGAGAUAACAAGCUGGCCUGCAGCUACGAGCCGAUGGAUUUUGCUAUGGCUUCGAUUUACGUUAUGUUCCUGAUGGUGUUUACCAUGGGAUUCUCGUUUUUCACUCUCUGUGGAAAGUUUAAGAAAUGGAAGAAAAACGGAGUAUGCCUCAUUAUAACCCUUUUCUUUUCCGUUCUGAUUUGGGUGGCCUGGAUGACUAUGUACCUCUUCGGGAACGCCGAGCUACAGAGGAGAGACAAAUGGAGUGACCCCACUCUGGCUAUUGCACUGGUGUCCAGUGGUUGGGUGUUCGUAAUUUUUCAUGCCAUCCCAGAGGUCCACUGUACCAUCCUUCCAUCACAGCAGGAAAACACUCCCAAUUAUUUUGAUACUUCACAGCCGAGGAUGCGCGAAACUGCUUUUGAGGAAGAUAUCCAGCUUCCUCGCAGCUACAUGGAAAAUAAAGCCUUUUCAAUGGAUGAACAUAAUGCAGCACUAAGAACGGCAGGAUUUCGAAACGGCAGUUUGGGAAGCCGACCUAGUGCUCCUUUUAGAAGCAAUGUUUAUCAGCCAACUGAGAUGGCAGUUGUGCUAAAUGGUGGGACUAUGUGACUGAAUUGAUAAAUAGAGUUCCCAAUCCUGCUUCUGAUGAAGUUGUUUGGAAUUUGAGGCCUUAAGCAAAGAUAAGGCCAGAUCCUACAAACUGCUCCUCACAUGACUAGUCUCACUGGGUUAGUCAUGUGGACUAUUCACAAAACUAAAAAUUAGCAGGAUUGGGUAUAACGUGUGGUGGUGAAAGUGUGGCAAUAGAUUAGGAGGGUCUUUAUUUUCCAACUUUAUACAAUUAGUAAUAAGCAACUUUUUUUUUUUUUGUAAACUAGUCUGUGAUGUAAAACGCCCCAAAUAAAACUGUAAUUGAAGAAAGGCACCUUUAUGUUAACUUAUAUUUUUGUUACAGUAUUUACUUUUGCCUUUUUUGAAAGUUUUCUAGAAUGUAGAGCAUCUGUGAACAACAUAAUAAGUAAGUAAGCACAAGCCUUUCGCAGUUCUCCUAAUUAUAAUUAGCUUUUAUACUAUAAAAGCUACUGUGUUGUCCCUUGAUGGUUAUGUGCUCAUGGUGUUUCCAUGCAGAAAAAUGAAAUCACAAAGCAUCUGAAAAAACUAUUACCAAAACCAAGAUUUAUAAUGACUGGCUUUUGAUCAAUGGCUGGAAAAGAGUUCAAAGCCAUUCUUUACAGAUCCUGUCCUGCUUUCAGAUGAGUUGAGGGUGUUUGACGCUUGCCAGAAAAUAUGUAGCAUCUUCAGAACACUCUCAAGACAUACAACUGUUUAUAUAAACAAGGUACAUGACUACUAUAGAACGAGCUGUUUCAGCUUUUAAUCUAAACACAGGCAUCUUGGUUGGCUUUGUUUGAGCUCGAUGCCUUGGAUUUAACCAAAGGCCAUACAAAAGGGAGCAUUGUAGCUUUUAUAAUAAAACAAUUGGACUAUUCUACCAACUUACAGGAUUGCAAAGCAGGUGCUUUUUAUUAAUUGAUGAGAGCUAAAGCUCAUUUUUGAUAGAUAAUAUAUAUUUAUUAAAUGUAUUAACGUGUGUUUUAUAACGUACCCUUUUUUCCGCUGAUUGUUGCAUACUGGUAUCUUAUUAAGUACAUCUUUAAAGGAUUUUCAAGACAAUCAAUGUGUACCAUGAUGACUGUACAUAAGUAUACAAAACUACAAAGGUUGUAAAGCAUGGGCAAAUGUUUUAUUUUCAAAAUGCUGUUCUUAACGAGAAUAAAGGCUUUACUAUUUACUUACAA